AUGCCUGACAGUGCCAUUAUGUGUGAUGACGGGGUGUGCAGGUACGACGAGAUGGCCGACUACAUGAAAGCGGUCGGCGAUGAUGGCUCCGAGCUGUCCGUGGAAGAGCGCAACCUGCUCUCCGUGGCCUACAAGAACACCGUUGGAUCUCGCCGUGCUGCGAAGGAGAAAUCCAAGGGCAAUGAGACACAGGCUGGCUAUGCAAAGGACUACCGUGUCAAGGUGGAGAAUGAGUUGCAGAAGAUUUGCGACACCAUCCUGAAGCUUUUGGACCAGGGACUCAUCCCAAAGGCCACGCAGGCAGAAUCCAAGGUCUUCUACCAGAAAAUGCAUCUGGCUUUUGCAGAUCAAACUUGUUACAUUGCGGAGUUCCGCAGUGGUGAUGAGAAAAGCAAGGCUGCCGAGGAGGCCCGGAAGGCUUACGCCGAAGCGGCAGAGGUGGCCAAGAAGGAUUUGUUGGUCACGCAUCCCAUUCGCCUGGGCUUGGCCUUGAACUACUCCGUCUUCAUGUACGAAGUGCUCAAUGAUCCGGACGAAGCAUGCAAGAUGGCCCGCACAGCCUUUGAAGAUGCCAUUGCUGAGCUGGACAACGUGGCCGAGGACUCCUACAAGGACUCCACGUUGAUCAUGCAGCUCUUGCGAGACAACCUGACUCUUUGGACUUCGGACCAGGAGGCCGCAGCUGCCCCAGCAGGCAUAUGGCAUAGAGCUGAAAAGCGCGUUGUGGAUGAGGCCGCCGUCCAGGCGGUUAGUGACGAGCUUCGGGCGCUGAAGGAGAAGCUGAAGAAGGAGGAGGUGAAUGACACGCCGGAGGUCGCAGCUUUAGUUGCCAAACUCAAGGCACUCAAAGCUGGAGGUGCCAGCGAGGCACCGGCCGAGAAGGCCGGACAGAUGGGGAGGCGCUCUUCCUCCGCAUCCUUGCUUUCCAAGGAGGAAAAGCCCAAGAAGGAGAAGAAAGAAAAGGCCAAGCCGGAGGCCGUGGCUCCCGUGCCAAGCUCAGAUGCUCAGAGGAAAAUCCUCAGAGACUGCAAGUGGUUUGCUGGAAAGGUGAAGGGAGGAGGACUGGUGAACAAAAAGGCAGAGAAUGUGCCAGAUUGGUACGCCGAGGUCAUUGGCAAGGGAGAGUUGAUCGAGAAGUACCCAGUUAAGGGCUGCUUCAUUCUGCGUCCAUGGGCAUACAAGCUUUGGGAGCAGGUGCAGGGCUGGCUGGACAAGCGCAUCAAGGAGAUUGGUGCUCCUUGGACGGAGGAUGUUGGAGACCGCUGGUUCAUCCCAAAGUGCUACAUGGAGAAAGAGAGUGAUCAUCUGGACGACUUCGCGCCUGAGCUCGCCAUGGUCACCAAGUUUGGCAAUGAGGACAUCGAUGAGCCCGUGGCAAUCAGGCCGACCAGUGAGACGGCCAUGUACGCGGCCUAUUCUGAUUGGGUCCAGUCGCACCGUGACCUCCCCAUCAAGCUGAACCAGUGGUGCAGCGUGGUGCGAUGGGAAGUGAAGCAGACCACGCCCUUCUUGCGCACACGCGAGUUCCUUUGGCAGGAGGGGCACACAGCCUUUGCAGAGAAGGCGCCUGCCGAAGCAGAGGUGUUGGCCAUCCUCGAGCUUUACGCGCGUGUCUACGAGGAGCUUCUCGCGGUUCCUGUGGUCCGGGGUACGAAAACCAAGGCAGAGACCUUCCCUGGAGCAGACUACACCACCACUGUGGAGGUGAUGGUUCACGGUGAUGACAAGGGCCUGGUUUUGCCGCCCAAUGUCGCCGGCAUCCAGGUGGUGAUCGUUCCGGUGGGCAUCAAAGCCACGAGCACGGAGGAGGAAAAGACGACCUUGAAAAGGGUCCGGCAUCCAAAAGGGCGCUGA